UGGAUUGCAGCGUUGACAACGCCACUCCGCAUACACUUCACUGUGGACUUGCACACUGUUAAAAUGGCAGUUUUUCAAGUGUUUUUAAGCUGGAUCGCUCAAGCGUUUAUAUUUUUCCUCUUUCUGUUUUUCGUAGCUUUCCUCGGUUAUUGUCUGUACAUUAAAUACAUUCAUAUGAAAUAUGACCACAUACCCGGGCCACCGAGAGACAGCUUUCUCUUCGGACAUACACCGACGUUUUUAAGAGUAAUGAGAAGUGGAGGAAUUAUGCACGACAAAAUGCUGGAAUGGUGUGAGACUUACGGACCUGUUGUCAGGAUAAAUGCUCUGCAUAUCGUUAUGAUCACCACUACCUGUCCAGAGGCAACCAAGGAAAUCUUGAUGUCCCCAAAGUACCCCAAAGCUAAAUUUCUCUACAAGAGACUCUUCAACCUGUUUGGUCAAAGGUUUUUAGGCAAUGGCCUGGUAACAGCACAGAACCAUGAGUUAUGGUAUAAACAGCGCCGGAUCAUGGACCCCGCCUUUAGCAGCUUGUAUCUGAGAGGUUUAAUGGGCACCUUCAAUGAGAGGGCAGAGAAACUGAUGAGUACACUUACAGAGGCUGCAGAUGAAAAAACAGAGGCCAAAAUGCUCCACCUUGUCAACUGUGUCACUCUAGAUGUUAUUGCCAAGGUUGCUUUUGGUGUGGAUUUAGAACUGCUGAAGAAUAAUGAUGAUUCACCUUUCCCUAAAGCCAUUGAGAUGUGUCUGAAAGGAGUGGUGUGCUAUUUACAAGACAGCUUUUUUGAGUUUAACCCAAAGAACAGAUCAUUUAUGAAUGAAGUUAAGGAAGCAUGCCGCCUGCUGCGCACAACUGGAGCUCAGUGGAUCCAGAACAGAAAGACUGCCAUGCAAAAUGGCGAUGACGUACCCAAGGAUAUCCUCACACAAAUCAUCAAAUCUGCUGGCAAAGAGGAAAGCAUGACUAAAGAAGAUGAGGAGUUGAUGUUGGACAAUUUUGUGACGUUCUUCAUUGCUGGGCAAGAAACAACAGCUAAUCAACUGGCUUUUUGCAUCAUGGAACUGGCAAGACACCCGGAUAUACUGGAGAAAGUGACGAAAGAGGUGGAUGAUGUCAUUGGGAUGAAACAGGACAUAACCUAUGACGAUCUUGGUAAACUGGUCUACCUUGGACAGGUGUUAAAAGAGACCCUGAGGUUGUACGCAACAGCUCCAGGUACAUCUCGUGAUUUACUUGAAGACAUUGUCAUUGAUGGUAUCCACAUACCUGGAGGAACCACCUGUUUACUUAGCUCCUAUGUGAGUUCGAGAAUGAACAAAUUCUUCAAGGACCCGCUUACAUUUGAUCCAGAUCGAUUUCACCCCGAUGCUCCCAAGCCUUAUUACUGCUAUUACCCCUUUGCCCUUGGUCCACGCUCAUGCCUGGGACAGAACUUUGCUCAGAUGGAAGCCAAAGUGGUGAUGGCCAAGUUGCUCCAGAGGUUUGACUUCACCUUGACUCCGGGACAGUCCUUUGACAUCGUGGACACCUUCACUCUCAGACCAAAGAGUGGAGUGGUGUGCCUUAUCAAUCACAGGAAUCACAAGAAAUAAAUGGUUACACAGUAUCAUGAAAUGAGAAGCAAUCAUAUCAUUGCCUGCGGUAAAAUUGGGUGCUUGGUUUCUUUAUUCUAGCUUACUGUUUGCCGCUCUGUGCUCUCAUCCUUUGUAAAGAACAUAGUCUCUGCAAUACAUGUCAUAAAACACAUAAUUCUUUUGAAAGAAAAAUAUCUUAAGCGGUGCAUAAAGAUGUGGUUGA